GUGGCCGGUGAGUGAAUUUAUACAAACAAAUGGGUAGUUAUAAACGAACAUCAUGCAAUUACAUAAAGUUUAGUGGGCACAAAUCGAAUUAAUUAAUGCCCAUUCCAUAACUGAAUCAAGUCCUAAAUCCCGUCCAUAUUCCUCUAAUUUCUUAUUAUUAUUAUUAUGAAUUUUCCUCCUUUAUCCAGCACCUUUUAAAUAGCCCAGAUUUCGCGCAUCCCAUCGCAAAACCUCUCUGUUGUUCAGUGUUUUUACUCCAAACCAUUUUGAGAGCCAACAUGCCGAUGAAGGUUUUGGAUGCAACCGUGACCACCUUCGAUGAGGUGUUCGAGCAGUUCAAAUCAGAAUCCCUAAAUCACAAAGCCAAUCUCAUCCUCUUCUUGGCUGAUGCAGAUCCUUCCACCAAUCGUUCCUGGUGUCCCGAUUGUGUGAGAGCUGAGCCUGUGAUAUACAAGAAGCUGGAAGCAUCCCCGGAUAAUAUUUUGUUGCUCAGAGCUUAUGUUGGAGAUAGACCAACUUGGAGGAAUCCUCAGCAUCCCUGGAGAGUGGACUCAAGGUUCAAGAUUGGAGGAGUCCCUACACUGAUUCGUUGGGAGAAUGGGGCAACCAAAGGUCGCCUUGGAGAUGAUGAUGCCCAUAUCGAACGCAAAAUUGAUGAUCUUAUUUCUGCAAAUUGAGUCUUCUGCUUCCCAACAACCGAAUAAUGUUAAACUCUCAUGCGGAUGUUAACAUCUCAUCAUUAAUCUACAAUAAUGAGUACUCCAUUGUGGGUAUCAGUAGUUAAUCUUAAGAUUAUGUCCACAAGUUGGCCCCUAUUUGUCCUCUUUCAGGAUGUGUAAAUUUGGUAGUUGAGACUAUAAUUAUUUACUUUUGCGUGUUUUGCUGUUGAUGAUUAAUAAAAUAGGGUAACCAUCCCUCCACAUGCUGUCCCUAGUUUGUUAAAGAAACGGGAAACCUUGAUUAGCUGUCGUGGAUGUCUUCAGGACAUGAAUGAUGGAUCUAUGCGGGAUAUAUUAGGCAGUCGAUGUACAGUUGUUUACAAGUGCAAUGUUUCGAAAGGAUCCUUCAGGAUUCGAAGCUGUUAAUCUGUGUAAAUCUUCUCCCACAAUCAUAUCAAAGUCACUGCCAGAUAGUGAUCUUUUGGGGCUGGAUGUGGAACAAGUUACUUGGUCAUUCAUAGUGGGUAGAUAACAUGACAUUUCAUAUUUUCAUGUGCAAUUUGUUUUGAUAUAUUUUCUUAGGGGACAAUAAAUCAGUUCUAAACCAUCAAUCUAAUGCUUCCUAGUAGAUGCAUAAGGGUUCAUUUGAAACCAUCAAUCUAGCUUCUCU